GCCGUGCCUGGCUGUGUGCAUGUGUCUGAGUGCAGGCAGUUUUAAGUCUGCCGAAUGUGCUCGGAGUUCUUAAUCGAGCCGGGGUCUGUUUGUACACAGGAAACGGGAGAAAGAGAGAGAGAGGGAGUGAGAGAGUGAGAGAGAGAGAGAGACCCCGUGUGCGGGGUGCACGCUGGCACGAUGGCAUUGGAUCCAGGGUUCUCCGCUCUCCUUCUGUGGACUAUCACAUUCCAGGCUUUCUGCUCGUACUCCGCGGGCACCAGCAACGAAGUGAAUCUCCUCGACACAUCUUCAAUAUCGGGAGACUGGGGGUGGCUGACAUACCCAUCACAUGGGUGGGAUGCCAUCAACGAAAUGGACGAGUACUUCAGCCCCAUCCACACCUACCAGGUGUGCAACGUCAUGAGCCCCAGUCAGAACAACUGGCUCCGCACCAACUGGAUCCAGCGUGACGGGGCCCGCCGCAUCUACAUCGAGAUCAAGUUCACCCUGCGAGACUGCAACAGCAUGCCGGGGGUGCUGGGCACCUGCAAGGAGACCUUCAACCUCUACUACUACGAGAUCGACCGCGACAUCGGGACCAACAUCUGGGAGAGCCAGUUCUCCAAGAUCGACACCAUUGCGGCCGACGAGAGCUUCACCAGCGUGGACCUGGGCGUGCGCCGGCUCAAGCUGAACACGGAGGUGCGGGGCGUGGGGCCCCUCACCAAGCGUGGCUUCUACCUGGCCUUCCAGGACAUCGGUGCCUGCAUCGCCAUCGUGUCCGUCCGCGUCUACUACAAGCGCUGCAUUGGCAUGGCACGCAACCUGGCCGUCUUCACCGACGUGGUGACGGGCGCCGACUCGUCCUCGCUGGUGGAGGUGCGGGGCCAGUGCGUCGACCACGCUGAGGAGCGGGACACCCCCAAGAUGUACUGCAGCGCCGAGGGGGAGUGGCUGGUCCCCAUUGGGAGGUGCGUGUGCAGCGCCGGCUUCGAGGAGCACCGCGAGUCCUGUGUGGCCUGUGAGGUGGGCUUCUACAAGCCGUCAGCCGGUGACCAGCUGUGCGGGAAGUGCCCUCUCCACAGCCACUCGGAGACGAGAGCCGCUCUCACCUGCCCAUGUGACUCCAGCUACUACCGCGCCACGUCGGAUCCGCCUGCCGCCCCCUGCACAAGGCCCCCGUCUGCACCGGUCAGCGUGAUCUCAGCAGUGAACGGGACCUCGGUCAGCUUGGAGUGGGGCAGGCCGCUGGACACAGGGGGACGGAAUGACAUCAUCUACAACGUGCUGUGCCAGAAGUGCGCAGGGGACUGGGGGCAGUGCGAGGACUGCAGCGCAGGGGCGGGGGGUGUGGGCAGCGGGAGCACGAGUGGUGGGGGAGGAGGAGGAGGAGUGGGGGGAGGGGGAGGAGGGGCAGGGGGAGGUGGAGGAGGAGGAGGAAGCGGGGACAGAGGGGGCAUCCUCCCCAUCCGUUUCAUGCCCCAGCAGAUGGGGCUGACGGAGCCCGGGGUCACUGUGCUGAACCUGGCCGCGCACAUGAACUACACCUUCCAGAUCCAGGUGCUCAACGGCGUGUCGCACCUGAGCGCCGAGCCGCUGCCGUUCGCCGCCGUCAACAUCACCACGAACCAGGCAGCACCCUCUCAGGUGAUUGCCAUUAGACAGGAGAAUGCCAGUCAGAAUAGCGUCACCUUACUGUGGCACGAACCGGACCAGCCCAACGGAGUCAUCCUGGAGUACGACAUAAAAUAUUACGAAAAGGACAAAGAGCAGCAGAGCUACUCCACCCUCAAGUCUAAAGGAACCACUGCCAAGGUGUCGGGGCUGAAGCCAGGUACCCGCUACGUUUUCCAGGUGCGGGCGCGGACCUCCGCUGGAUGUGGCCGCUUCAGUCAAUCUGUGGAGAUACAGACUGGCAAAGCAGUUCCCUUGCGGUACAACACCAUGACGAUCAUCUGGAUUUCCAUGGCCCUGGUCACGGGUCUGGUGACGUUUCUGGCCAUUGUCAUCUGCAGAAAACGGCAAGAGGAACACUGCGGCUACAGUAAGGCUUUCCAGGACUCAGAAGAAGAGAAGAUGCACUACCAGAAUGGACACAUUACUUUCCCCGAAGCCAGGUUUUACAUUGAUCCCCACACAUACGAAGACCCGUGUCAAGCCGUCCACGAAUUUGCCAGAGAAAUUGAGGCCUCAAGGAUUAAAAUAGAGAAAAUCAUUGGCUCAGGGGAGUUUGGGGAGGUGUGCUACGGCCGCAUGAGGCUCCCAGGGAAGAGGGACAUCCCCGUGGCCCUGAAGACACUCAAGGCAGGCUACAGUGAGAAGCAGCGCCGGGACUUCCUGGGCGAGGCCAGCAUCAUGGCCCAGUUUGAUCACCCCAACGUCAUUCACCUGGAGGGCGUGGUUACCAGAAGUAAACCCGUGAUGAUCAUUACCGAGUACAUGGAGAACGGGUCUCUGGAUUCUUUCCUGAGGAGACACGAUGGCCAGUUCACCAUCAUUCAGCUAGUCGGCCUGCUGCGUGGCAUCGCAGCUGGCAUGAAGUACCUGGCCGAUCUGGGGUACAUCCACAGAGACCUGGCUGCCCGCAACAUCCUGGUCAACAGCAACCUGGUCUGCAAAGUCUCGGACUUUGGCCUCUCCCGGGUGCUGGAGGAUGACCCAGAUGCAGCAUACACCACCAGCGGCGGAAAGAUCCCUAUUCGCUGGACAGCUCCGGAGGCGAUCGCCUACCGCAAGUUCUCCUCGGCCAGCGACGUGUGGAGCUACGGGGUGGUCAUGUGGGAGGUCAUGUCCUAUGGAGAGAGGCCGUACUGGAAUCUGACCAACAGGGAUGUGAUAAAGUCAGUGGAAGAGGGCUACCGUCUCCCCGCGCCCAUGGGCUGCCCCGGAGCCCUGCACACGCUGAUGCUGGACUGCUGGCAGAAAGACCGCAAUGAGAGGCCCAAGUUCUGCCAGAUUGUCACCGUUCUCGACAAGCUGAUCCGCAACCCUGAAAACCUCAAGUCGCUGGACGCGUUGUGCAGGUUAAACAGCCCUUUGAUGAACAGAAGCAUUCCCGAUUUCAGCAGCUGCAGGUCUGUGGACGAGUGGUUGGACACCAUUAAAAUGGGCCGCUACAAAGACAACUUUGCCACUGGCGGAUACAUGACGCUCGGUCACGUAAUGGGGAUGAAUCAACAGGACAUCCAGAGGCUGGGGGUGACGCUGAUGGGCCACCAGAAGAAGAUCAUGACCAGCGUCCAAGUGAUGAGGGCCCAGGUGCUGAACAGGAGCGUCCCCUCCGUGCACGUAUAAUCUGCGGCCAGCGUCGCCCCACGGAGGGCCCUCCCGGGAGGGUCUCCG